UCAAAAAUAUGCCAUUACAAAAGAAGAAAAACACAAUGAAAAUGAAAAAAUGAACUCAGUCCACAAAUUGAACAUGCUCUUCAAAUAUGCUUCAUUCUUUGUUAAUGAUCUUCAAAGAUUCGUUUUCGCAAAUCGUGGAUUUUGAAUGCGUUGCCACAGAUUUCGUUUACGCUUCGCAAAUUUUCGUUUACUGUUUUGACACAAACCUCUCGUGGGGGCGGGCUUAACAGCGAUCUACUCUGAUUGGCUAGAGAGCUUUUGAUGGACAGCUGCUCUCUGACCUGGAAGUACAGACGUCACUCAGUGGCGCGCAUAUUGGAAAGCUGUCGCGGUGAUUUGUGUGCAAUACGUCGUGCUUUUGUUUAUAUUAUUAAGUAUGUAAAUAAUAUUUGACCUUCGGUCGUCUCUUAGUCUGUAAAGAUGAGCUCUCAGGAGAGACACGGAGCGGCAUCAUCUUCCUCCUCAGCUUGUCCCUCAAGGCAGCUUGAAGACCAAAGACAAAUGUCACUUUUCCAGGAACAAGUGCAAGAAGACAUUUUACAGCAUAUGCUGACAAAGUUUAGCUUGAUUUUUCGGAAUGAAACUUUAGAUUUGGAUUACCUCCUGGAUACUGCUCAGCAAGAACUGGAUUUGGCAAUUACUGCAUCAAAUCAUGUCAACAUCCCAGAAGCUUUAAUUAUGGGUCUACAGGAGCUAAUCAACAUAAUUAAUGUAAAUGUAAGUUCUGAAGAAACUUCAACAACUGCAUCUGAUAUUGUAGCCUGCACUUGGGGAAACGUCGGACGCCCACGUUUGGAUAUCAGAAGGGAUGACCUUGAGGAACUCCUUCAUACUGCUCUCCCUGUAGAACAUCUUUCUCGGAUCUGUGGCGUUUCUAGAAGCACAAUAAACAGAAGAUUUAAGGAACACACCCUGUCUGUCAGAGCCUGCUAUUCCAACAUAUCAGAUGAAGAACUUGAUCAUGUUGUGAGAUCAAUAAAAAUAAGAAUGCCACAUGCUGGCUACAGACUAAUGAAAGGUGAACUUUUGGCUAGAGGGCACCGGAUACAGUGGCACAGAAUGAAGGCCUCUAUGCGACGGGUGGAUGGAGCUGGAAUUUUGGCCAGAAUGGUUCAGCUUGGUUUUAUAGCUCGCAGAAGUUACUCUGUUCCUGCACCAUUGUCCCUAGUUCAUGUGGACACCAACCAUAAGCUAAUCACAUUCAAUAUUGUGAUAUUUGGUGGGAUUGAUGGUUUCUCAAGAAAGAUCCUAUACCUUGAUGCUGCUGAAAACAACAAGGCAUCAACUGCCUUCUCAUUCUUUCUGGAGGGUGUUCACAAACAUGGGUGGCCUUCAAGAACCCUCUAG